AAAAGCAAACUGAAUGCGCUUCUGCCGGGUCAGCACUGGAAUGGUAACUGUGAGAAACACGCAACGUACGAGGAAAGGAGAAGACAAAUUCGGAGUCUCCAGCUUUGCUUUAAGUGUUUGAAGAGAGGCCGCGCAUUCAAGGCAUGUGCCAAGAGUCCAAUUUGUUUUCAUUGUAAAAGGCACCAUAACAGAGCGUUAUGUGCAGAGAAGUUUGGAAGUCGGAGGAGCUCCGCGACGAAUCUGUCUGACAGGAAUCGAAGAACGGAUCCCAAUCAAGCCACCCUUUUGCUAUUGUGUAAGUCAGUUUGGGUGACAAAUCCAGAACGUCCGACGAAGAAGAUCAAAACUACUGUCUUCUUUAAUUCGGGUUGCCAGCAACCAUUUAUUACAAAUAAACUGGCAAAUCAACUUGGAUUAACCAGCAUCAGCAUCACCAGCAGGUGCAUAUCAAUUGUAGUAUUCGCUCAAAGGCAGUCGAAGAAUUAUGAACCUCAAAAACUUAAAGUAGGGAUUGCACUCAGAAAAGGAAACGUUCGCAUCACCCCGGUCAAUACAAUGGAUUUUUUGACACAAGAGAUUCUCACGGCUUCAAUCAACAACAGUGAGAUUCGUCAAAUAUGA